UGACGACUCAAGCGUCGCUAUUACCUCACCACCUUCGUAUCACAUGUUUAUGUCUCUCUACCGCAAUACAAAUAAAAAAGUGAACUUCAAAAAAAUGAAGGUGAAAAGUGAAUACUAUAAAUACAAAGUGUCUACCACAGUUUUUUACUAGAAUGUUGUUUACAUUGUAUAAUACUACCUGGACUAUUCGACAAACACAAAAAUGAACCUGUGAACCACAAACAAAUGAAAGUGAAAUUUUGAAGGCCUCCUUUCGAAGACUACUAGAAGGCUACUUGGUCGAAGACUACGUCAACGGUUUUACAAGCAUUGGAAAACCAGUGUGGUCAAACAGCCAAAGUGUCUACUAAAAUUACCUUCAGCAGAGUAAUAUCUGAUCAGUGCUACAAACACAGAUCAAUAAGGAAACUCCGAAAAAAUCGAGUACUAAAUCUACUACAAAUGAAAGUGAAAAUUGUCUGCCAUCGAUUCAAACUCACUGCCAGAAUGCUGUUUAGUGGUCUACAAGCAUAAAAAAACUUGCAUAUCCCAAACAAAUGAAACUGAAAAUUCAAUUUCAUCAAUUCAAAGUAUCUACUAGAAUGCUGCUUAGUAGAAGACUGCCUGGCUUGUUCUACAAGCACAGGUACCUGGUGUACUCCUGCCUGAUAGUUCUUUCGACCAUAGUGUACUUUUUAUUCAAGUGGAAUCUCUAUUGCGUAAAUUUCCAAGCCUGGCAGCAUGUCAAAAAGAUGUGUCACCUGUACGGAAAAGGCCUAGCAGUAGGAUCCUUGUGUGCACCACUCUGCACUACAAAAGACAUCCACUCUUUAACUUGCCACUCAUUCCAAGCUACUAAAGAAGCAGUCUUCAGCGCAGAAUGGCAUAACAUACGUCUAGUCUUCAAAUCUGUCCCUAAGGACACUCAAGCUAUACACUGGUACGAAAACGGAAUGAUAAGAUACCCUACAGAAAAAGAAUUUCUCUCUACAAUACGCACAAUUGUCAAGAACAAGUUGAAUCUCACUCUGGCGUAUGACACAGCUGUGCGUUUGUCAAGAUUAAAGCCUUCCUAUGAAGAAAAGAAUAAGUUGAAGCGCCAGAAAGAAAUAGACAAUCUUUGGUUUCUGUUACAAGACAAUGAGUACCUGCUCUCUGCUUUAUUUACGGAUAAAGAUGUUUUUCCUCAGCUUUUAGGCACUUGUGGACAAUAUUACGCUGUAGAGUACCUAGAACCAGUUCCUGAUGUUAACUCCUUACUUUCUAUAAGUGACAGUAAGGAAGAUUGGGGUAGAAAGCUAAGAAUAGCUGUGCAGAUCUUAGAUUUGUUAGAAGAAUUGGAAACUGGGUUCAGAGAACCUUUCCAUUUAUGCGACAUCAAGAUCCAGCAUUUUGGUUUUGUAAAAGGUAGCACAAGAUUGAAAUUUAUAGACUUAGAUGGAGUUCUUCCAAGAUCAGUAAUUAACUCAGUUCUGAAAGGUGUACGAUAUUGCAAUAGUGAUAAUGACUGUGAUUUCUUAGAUUGCAGGUCUAGAUGCAACCUAAAAACGCAUAAAUGUUCAGAUACGGUUGCAAACAACAAUUUACAAAUCGUUUGUGAAAAGAUAUUUCUAGGCUGGAGGAUGUCCAAUACAAUUAUAGUCCCAGGACUUCUGAUGUCCCAACAUACUCCUUCAGAUCUAGCGACCAUUUUAAGGCAGUGUGCAAAUCCUUUAAAUGAACCAGGGAAAUCCAGAGAUGUUCCCGAAGAGGAUGUGAAGAAAAGGCUGUACAAUGUGAUAUCUGAAAUAGAGCAAUCUAUUGAUAGUGAUUUCUUUCUUUAGUGACGUUGUUGCGAGUUGGAGUAUGAAUGUUGAUUGUUAGUGCUGUUUGCUUAAAAAUAAUAAUUUUCUAUG